GCUGGCAAGUAUAAACAAACCAAGUCUCGUCAGAACCUUUCAUGUAGGAUUGACAAGUAAGAUACAAUAAAGUCUGUCGUAUUCUUGAAGGCGCUUUCAUCUCAUUUGAUUGACUUUUAUAUUAUACUGUUACGUCACGCAGAAGCUUGCAGCCUUGCACGGUUAAAAAUUUAAAAUGGUGGCCGGUACUUAUGCAACGCGGCGAGUACAACAUUCCAUGAAAAAUGGCUUUCCAAAGGGAUCCAACGGCUUUGCAAGCCACCGGAGAGAGUUAAACACAGAGCUGGAGGAGGAUCUCGAGGAGACACCUCUGUUUAUCGCUGUUAUGACAUACUUAUCGUAUUUCUUCUUGAUAAUCUUCGGCUACAUGCGUGACUUCAUGCGCAAGUACGGAUUAGAGAAGUCCAAGUCUGUUAAGGAAACAGGAAAUCAGGUAAGGAUAUCACUUUAAUUAAAGAAUCUUGUCUGUGCUUAGAUGAAAGAGAAAGUAAUUUUACUAUAGGCUAUGCAAUCUCUAAACCUUGAAUUAUAAAUUAGGCAAUGUAAUUCUACUAGCGCUUAACCCUUACGUAUAAAGAAACAUUUGUGACUCGCUAUGGCAAGUACAGCAUUGAACCCUGUUUUAGCCGCCAUGAAAAAAAAGGGUAAUAUUUGAAAUUAAUUACUACAGUCACAGAUGAAUUACGACUCGAAGAAACCGACAGAACACGGCAUUGAUUUAUUAUUCAAGGGCGUGAAGUUGUAAAUAAUCCGAUUGAAAGCAAUGUGUGGCAAGACCUUGCUAGAGUACUUUUUGUCAGUGCAUAAAGGAAAGCUAUAAGCAAAAUUACUUCAACUCUCGUGCCGAAAGCUGAAGAAAAUUUUGAUAUGACUAUACAAAAUUAAGGAGGUGUGUUUCAUGACCUAUGGACUUUUAGCCUAACGCAUGCUCAAUGGGUGUAAUAUUCGGUGGCGUGACCAAGCGUGAUCUUGGGGCACGUGCAAUGAGCAGAACGUUUGCAUAGCAGAUGAAGAAAAUGUAAACGCUUUACGACCUUCUUUCAAACGAAUUGGAUAAACUCAGGCUGUGAUCGUCUCUAUUAAGUACUAAACGGUGUUUUUUUGUAACCUUCUAAUGUUUUGAUGUGUGUCGCAAACGGUUGUGCAAGCGUUGAAGCGUAAAGGAUAUCUGUUUCUUUGAUAUUUAUUUAUUUUUUAUGAAACAACAUUAACAUACGUUAACCAUGAUGAGAAGCAUUUGAAAGUUUCACUUUUGAUUAAGUUCAGUCACGAUCUUAACAAGUGUACUUAUUUUUUUCUUAAGUUUUUUUUGUCACAAAUGCAGCAAAACCGCAAAGAAAAAAAUAAUAAGUCUGAAGAAGUCCAUGUGUUGAUAUCGCUAAUAUUUUUUUUGCUCGGACGAGUAGAACAAUGGUCGAUAAUGGGUAACUUUGAGUAUGUAAACUUAUUUUCCUCAGAAAAGUUAAGGACAGGAGAAUAUCAGAUGUUGAUAUUCUCUAGUUAAGGAUUAAUAUCACGCGUGUUUUCAGAAGUUCCAGAGGUUGCUGCAACCUCUGAAAACACAAGUGAUAACAAUCCAUAAUUUUACGAGGAAAAAUGCGUUUACUUGUUUAUGAUGUAAAGGACAAAAUUUCUGUUCCCUGUUGAGCAAUUCUGUAGGAGCCAUUUCAAUUUUCAGGUAACCUCAAUAAAUUGUGUUAAUUGACGCACGAAUCAGCAGAAUUUAAAUUUUAUUUUUGUACAACAACGCCAAAGCAAUGAAACCAACCCUGCUGAAAAAUAAUUUGCUAUCAAUGGCAUUGUGAUACUUACAUUACAUGACCGUUACUCAUUGGUCGCCAAUUCAGCAAGUUUGCAAAUUGAAUGACCAAAAGUUUCAUCUAGCCGCCAUGGUGAUCAAAAAGACUGUAGAUGGAAGUGCUGUCAAAAAGAGGCUUCUUUGUUUAUCAUGAGUUGAUUAACCUGUCUAUGGUUUUCACUGAUUGCAGGGUUUUGUGCCGCUUUAUUCCGACUUUGAGAGUUUCUAUACACGAAAUCUUUACACUCGUGUGAGGGACUGUUUUAACAGACCCAUUUGUAGUGUUCCUGGCGGAGAGGUCGCGCUCGUGGAUAGAGAGUCUGAGGACUGGAACUGGACUUUCAGGUAAGUGCCUUUUUGGCAAAAGUAGGGUCUUUUUUCCCCAGAACUUUGUCAAAAGCUCUUUUUGUUUACGUGCACUUAUAUCUAAACUAUUACUGAUCAGGUUAAAAUGAAUUGUUUUGUUUAGAUACCCAGGAACGACAACAAAGACUGUCAAUCUUGCCUCUUAUAAUUAUCUUGGGUUCGCGGAGAAUUCUGGGCCGUGUGCAGAUGCCGCUGAACAGGCUGUUCGUGAAUAUGGCAUUGCGGGCUGCAGCUCAAGACAUGAAUAUGGUGAGUCAAAGUCUGGGAGAUACUCAUUCGUGCGCUGACGUUUGACAACUGUGUUACUCCUGGAAAUGUUGGUGGUGCUGUGCGGCGUGAUUUUUGAAGCCCUUUCAUUAUUUCAUAUUUGAAUGUAAGAGUUACAUGUACCGGCUUUUUCAGAGAAAGGGCAACCAGGCUACUUCUUUAAAGUGAGCUAAAUAGCUUCCAGUAACAAUGUAAUUUCGUUUUGUAUGGAAACAUUCAACUAAUACGCGAAAAUCAUUCGACAUUCCUCAAUAGAUACAAUAAAACCUGGAGCCUGAAAAUAACGUCAAAGGCAUUACAUUUGGAAUAAAUUCUAUAAAGGGCGCAUUCCCUCUCUACGUUUGAGAUUUCAUUUUGCCUACAUUCGACGCUCCAUUGAUCUUUCAACUUCCAGUUCCUCACAGGUUUUCUCCAUUUUCCAGGGACCCUUGAUAUUCAUAACGAGUUAGAAGCUCUUGUCGCCAAGUUUGUUGGUAAGCCUGCAGCUAUGGUGUUUGGUAUGGGAUUCGCCACCAACUCUUCAAACAUCCCCAUCCUGGUGGGCAAGGGAGAUCUGAUUAUCAGUGAUGAGCUGAACCACACAUCGCUCAUCUUAGGAGCAAGACUGUCAGGAGCGAAGAUUAAGGUCUUCAAACAUAACGGUAAGAUCAAGCUGGCACAAGAAAAUUGAGACCUGCCUGGCCAGAGUAUGACUUGAUUUCUGGUGCGCGGGGCGAGUAGGAGUAUUGCCGCUCUCCUCUGAAACGAGGGCCAAUCCAUCACAGCUUACUCCACUUCGCCGGCGCUCGUAUAAUUCAUAUCUCGGGAUAAAGAAGGGAACUAUGAGUGUGCAUUCCAGAAACAACACAAUGACUUGGCCAGGGAUAAGACCUUAGCCUUCGAGGAGGGCCCCCAUCAUGAACCCAGUGGUACCAGUCUUUCUUCUUAGGGUAAGCCGGCGGGAGGUGUGCGAGGGAUGUGACACUAACGGAGGUAGACCUCGCACACACGUCCCUGCAGCUGGCUUUGCUCAGAGCCUGAAACUAACUCGCGGGCAAGGAUAUAAAAAAAAAUGAAAAAAUGAAAAAACGCUCGUGUUACAGCACUAAUAGUGGGAGCGUACCUGCAAUGACUUCUUCUUUACGUUUCACUCCUCACGCUUCACUCUUCACGCUUCACGGAAAUGUGUACCAAGGCUGAGAACUGCAGUGAUUUUCAUCCUUAUCCCGAAUUCCUUGACCCUUAGCUAGCGUUGUUUGAACUGGUCUUUAAAGGGGAUAGAGAUAAUAAGACCCUCUCCUUUCUACCUUUAUUGCAGAUAUGACGAGUUUGGAGAAAAUCUUGCAUGAGUCGGUUUCUCAGGGACAGCCAAUAACUCACCGUGCGUGGAAAAAGAUUCUAAUCAUUGUUGAAGGGGUUUAUAGGUAACUCAAGUCAUCCUUUUAGGACCAGACCUUUUAUAUAAGACAGUGUUUACAGAUAUUACCUCAGGGCCAAGUUGUUCAAGAGGGGGUAUACUUUGAUUUAGGAUGAAAAAUUAACUUUGGCUUCAAUUUCACAUGUAGAAGAGCGCGUAUACGAUCUAAGUUUUUGUUGGGUUUUAUCUCAAAUGACUCGAAACUAACCGGAAAAAUUAUAAAAAUUUUUUGCAAAGCUUUUAAAUUGAUUCAAAAAAUUACACAAACCCCGGGUUAGAUAAAUCGGGUUUUUAGCAACCCCGCUCUGGACCUUAAUUCACGAGUAUUUUUGUACCUUCUGUACGGUAAUCAAGAAGUUCUUCGUAUUCAAUAGGGUGGAAUAUUAACUGAAUCGAACAUGAAGGUCCCAAAAAUAAAUCAUCAGCUGAAAAAGCUCUUGAUUGUUAAACGAAUUCUCCUUGUCAGUAGCAAAGGGAAUGUAUAAAGAACAGUACGGAGAAUAUGGAUACUGAUGUAAAGAGUUAGGCUUAAUGUUACACGAGUUGGUAACAAUUUUUUUUGUUCAGUAUGGAGGGCUCCCUCGCGAAGCUCCCAGGGAUUGUUGCCCUUAAAAAGAAGUACAAAGCUUACUUAUACCUAGACGAGGCUCACAGUAUUGGUGCCAUGGGCCCAAGUGGAAGAGGUGUUACUGAAUACUUCGGGGUGGACCCUGCUGAUGUUGAUAUCAUGAUGGGAACAUUUACAAAGAGUUUUGGUGCAGCUGGGGGAUACAUUGCUGCGUCACAGGUAAGAACCACUUGUUGCUUAUUUUGGCACCAACACUGACGCUCAAAAAAGUGGUACAUAUCAAUAAUUUAUGGGAAUAUUGAGGUUUAUUUUAUAGCCAACUGUAAUGAAUGUACUGCUAUGUAUCUUUGAAUCAUUGUUAGUAUCUGAGCAAAUGCGCACCUUACCCCUCCCCUGUCCCAACAAAAUUCAACUGAUAACAAGUUAUGGUUACAGUUGGGUUAGGGGAGGGUAGGUGUGUAGUUGCUCAGAUACUGACAUUGAUCCGUACCUUUCGUUUGAAUGAUCUCGCAUUAAGGUAAGUAAGCGAUUCGAAAGCUUCGAGUGAUAACCCAAAAGAAUUAUUUAUUAUUUCUUCCAGGAAAUAAUAGAUCAUAUCAAAGGAAGUUCCCAUAGUGCAGCGUACGCCUCUUUCAUGUCGCCUCCAGUAGUCAUGCAAAUAAUAUCUUCAAUGAAAAUAAUCAUGGGCGAGGACGGAACAAGUAAAGGUUGGUAAUAAAAUGUAAAAUUUCUGGUACAUCUCUUAAACUCAGUGAUCAAACUUCUGUUCAUGUGCGAACGUUGUAAUGACUAGGUGGCCUACUUUCAGACAGUCAGAACCAAGUGGUCUCACAGCAGCCAUAGCCAACCAAUCGGUGGUUUCUUAUGUUUUCCUUUGAAAUUUUCCGCUGGAAAUUGGUGCGCGGCCGGUCAGAAUGGAUCCCCUCGCGCAUGCCCGACGUUGGUCUGUUCUCCGCUAAGCCUUAAAUUCUAUUGGUCGAUGGCCAACCGACCAACAACCUCGUUUUAGGGAUGCUUCUCCUCUAACGAGAAAGGAGCGCACAGUUCAUUUACUUCAGUUUCUUGUGGACAAAAUACUGUCUCUUAGGAGAGGCGUGUAUCUCUUUGCGAAUCCACGAAUCGAGGGCGAGAGCUUUAAUAGCUGAAACCGAUUUUACAUCUUGCGUAGAAUAUUGUUUUCUUCCGUUUGCUCUAGAUUGUUUGUCCUAAGAGCCAUGCAAUCUUGUUUCUUCUUUUGUUUCUGUGCCAAAACAUCUCGAAAAGAGUGUAACGCCACUUUCUUUUCUUUUUUCGCAAAGCAUCAAUUUCCCUAUUCCUAUGUCUGUGCUAGAGUUUUCUUGAUUAUUUUAUCUGCAUUUGAAUAAAAACUUCUGUUAGAUUGUUUCUGUACAUUGAAGUUUAGAGAGGGUUACUUCUCGUCUCAAGUUGACGGUUUUCCUAUGUUCUCAGGAAAGCAGAGGCUUACCAGAUUGGCACAGAAUUGCAAGUAUGUGGAAUUAUAUGAAGACUUAAGCCAAUUUUUUUCCCUACAAAGGCUUGAGCCAAUUAUUUUACAAAUAUUUUGUGAGGCAGGCUACAGCUGGGAGUCGAUAUUUCCUUGCCAUCUCAGUUGGCGCUUACGAAAGAUCUUAAGGAUCUAUCGCGUCUAGUUCCAUAUGCUAAAACAAUGCCCCUCAUUAUUAGUGCUGCGGCACGAGCGUUUUGCCGUCCGCAGAAAGUUUGAGACCGACCAGCGGUUUACGAGAGGGUCUGCUAGUAAUUGAUGGAGCACUUUUCAGAUGGGGGCCUAAUCACAGGAUAAAAUUUUCCCCAUUUCUCUAAAUCGUCCCUGUUUACAUCCCCUAAUGAUGAUUAAGAAACCAUUGCGCGGCGAGAGUAGUCACCUCCAACAUUAUUUCAUGACUUGACUUAAUCUUUGUGCUGUUUACAUGACAGGUACUUCCGACAAAAGCUGAAAAAGAUGGGCUAUAUAGUAUACGGCCAUGAUGCCUCAGCAGUAGUACCCAUUCUUCUUUACAUGCCGGCAAAAACGGUGUAAGUUUUCUUUUUCCUUUGAUAAAGUGAAUGAAAUAAACUUUAAGAGCUCCAGUUGCGUUGAACCUUACCUCUUAGUGGGCACACUUAGAAAAUUUGCUUCUAUGUUAGUAGGGAAGUUACGAGAAAAGUGACCAACUUUGUAACCAACGAGAACUAAAAUGUGAAAAUGUAAAAGCGCGGGGAAACGCGGGCGACCAAGUCGUGAUUGGCUUUAGUUUUGCAUCUGAUUGGUCGAGAGAGUGGCGCGAGUUUUCUGAACCAAUUACAGAGCAAAGCAAAGCAAAGCCAAUGCAAUCCCGGACUACUUGCGAGACUCGAUUGAGGGAACACUGAUAACGCAGUGGUGGGUUGCUCUCGCGCUGACCGCGAGUCGCCUGGGUCCAGCUUGCUAUUGGUUUUCUUCGAGGGUUCUUCUCUGGACCCUUCUUUUUUUCUUCCAUCACAAAACCCAAGUCUUAUUCGAAAUGGAAACAGUAGACGAACAACCAUUCUGUGUAUGUGUUACUGCUAAAUUCUGUUAAUUUAUCCUGAUUUCACUUGGCUCUCUUUAAAUGAGCUUGUUUUAUGUUCCUAUCAGGAAAACAGAUUGAAAUGUAAGAAAAAAUGCGCUAAAACGUGUGUUUAUUACCUCAAUCACUGACCCAAGGAUGGCGUUUUGUUAAGGUUUAGGACGAUUAUUCAAACUGUUCAAUAAUUUGACUUUGUUCCAGUGCCUUUUCGCGUGAAAUGCUCAAAAGAGGUGUGGCUGUGGUCAUUGUAGGGUUCCCUGCCACUUCACUGAUUGAAGCGAGAGCAAGGAUUUGUCUGUCUGCGUCACACACCACGGAAAUGCUUGAUAAGGUAACGUGAGUCAAUCCUUCCCGUUAUAAUCUUACGUCUUCUUCUUUACGAGACGAAAUAUCUGUCCGAAUACUAUAACCUUUUCUCUCUUAGAACCUAUUUUUCAUAACCAACCAGGUGUAAGGGUGAAACUGGGAGUAUUUUAAGUUAAAUUUCCCUUUUUUCCUCUUUCUUUUCCUUUUAUUACCAUUGGAUUCGCUAGCAUUUGCUGGUUCAUGGCAAAUUUCACGCGCGUUUCCUGGCGCACAAGUUUUUUCACACGAGCGUUUCUCUUGCACAUGUAUUCUCUUUUGUGUUUGCUAUUUCUAGUGCGUCUUGCAUCACAGUUGUUUUCAUUUGCGCGCGUCUCUGACCCAGGGUAUUAAUUUUUCUUUCUUCAGGCUUUGAAUGCCAUUGACGAGGUUGGGGAUAUACUUAGGGUCAAGUAUUCAAGGCGAAAGAAAAACGCUAAAUCGUGAGAACAGAAGGAAGCAACUCUUGGGCAGCGAAAGAAUUAUAAUUUUUGCUUUCGGACAAAUGAAUGCUUUUAACUUCCAAAUAGUUAUGUAAAGUAGGAAUAAUAAUUGUAGUCUUCAUUUCAACAAAUGCCUCUUUUUAUGGGAUCAGUCAUUAUUUUUCGCCAGGGGAGGAUCAGUUUGAAAUGUUUUACUUAGGAAUUAAGGGGACAUUGGAUCUGAUUAUUAAGGUAUUAUUUUUGCCUUAGCUUUCAGCUAAGAUUUAAGAGGAUCAUUCUCUCUAAUUUAUGAAGGGACCUAGUCCUCGAUAGCUCCCAACGUAAAUAGGACACAGUUUAUGAGGUCCUCAAAGGACGUAACCUAUACGGGCCCCAUUUAGCACAUACUCGUUAUAGUUAAGUAACCAGAGUCUAGUCCCAGGGCCCCUUAUUCGCCAUCCUAAAAUUUGAGGGUAGAAGCGCCCUGGAACGAGGUUGGUAAAAACCAAUAGAACGAUGAUAAAGCCUGAGUAUAGUUCUGUAGGUUGGUAGGAGAAAGUAAUUUUAAUUUACCCACAUUUUCUAGAAUUAAAAGCAUCUCAAAAUAUACGUUGGAUCCAGAAUUGCAAGGAACUGUUUUUGUUAUGACACAACAUGGUUUGGUUUUCAAAGAAUUGUUUGACGAUGUAAUUCAAAGGGGGAAAAAACAUUGAAAUAUCAACCAUUUUAAAUGGUUAAAGUUAGGUGUCGUAUUUUUUCAAGCUCUAUAGUUGGCAUAAAACUCGCGAGACUGUUUAGUUUGAAAUUGAGAAAAGGGAAGCUGAUUGAGUCACGUUGACUAAAAAUUUGUAUAGCCUAGUUUAGCUCAGUUAUACAAAUUUUCGUUUACGGUUUUUUAACCAUCAGAGUUUAAAGCUUGACAAAGGAAAAAAAUAAAGUCAGUGAAUGAAAACUUA